AUGAAGUGGUUGCUCGCUAGCGGGUUGAUCUCGCUCUUUGCGACAACUGCAACCAGUUGGCCUUACGAUACGGAUUUCCUCCAGUACAAUUUGAACGAAAACAAGACCGCUACGGACCCUGCACAUUAUUGGGGAGAAUGGCCCAACCAUACCUAUCAUCCCUCCCCGAAGAAUUGGCGAUUCCCAUUCUACACGCUUUUUAUGGAUCGCUUCGUCAAUGGCGAUCCCACUAAUGAUAACAUCAACGGAACACAAUUCGAGCACGAUCUCGAUUCGACUCAAAUGCGCCAUGGUGGCGAUGUGGCUGGCCUCAUCGAUACCCUGGACUAUCUCCAGGGCAUGGGUAUUAAGGGUCUUUAUCUUGCAGGAACAUCCUUGUUGAAUCAACCGUGGGGUGCUGACGGUUAUUCCGUCAUGGACACCACUUUGCUCGAUUUCCACUAUGGCACACUCGAAACCUGGCGUACUGCCAUUACCGAAAUCCACAAGCGUGGAAUGUACGUGUUGUUCGACAACACCAUUGCUACAAUGGGUGAUUUGAUCGGAUUCGAAGGCCACCUCAACACCUCUACUCCUUUCUCCGAGAAGGAAUGGAAGACCCAAUGGAAGACGGAUCGCCGCUACGUUGACUUCGAUAUCGGCAAGGGUGAUUAUAACGCCACCUGUGAUUACCCACGAUUCUGGUUCGAAAACGGAUACCCUGUCAACCAGUCCCAAACCGCUGCGCUGGUCGGUUGUUUCGACAGCGAUUUCGAUCAAUACGGUGACAUUGAAGCGUUCGGUGUUUGGCCUGAUUGGAAGCGUCAGCUGGCCAAGUUCGCCUCCGUGCAAGAUCGUCUUCGUGAAUGGCACCCCACCGUGCGGGACAGAUUGAUCAGACACUCUUGUAUGAUUAUUGCGUCUCUGGAUAUCGACGGUUUCCGUUACGAUAAGGCCACCCAGGCCACUGUCGAUGCCCUUGGUGACAUGUCUGCUGCAUACCGCGAGUGCGCCCGAGCCGUCGGCAAGGAGAACUUCUUCAUUGCUGGUGAAAUUACCGGUGGUAACGAAUUCGGUAGCAUUUACCUUGGUAGGGGUAGACAGCCGGACCAGUGGCCCGCCUCGGCUGUUGACACCAUGAAAUUGACAAACGAAUCGGCUGCCCAGUACUUCCUGCGCGAAGCUGGCGCUGAAGCAAUUGACGGUGCUGCUUUCCACUAUACCACAUACCGUGCCCUGACUCGAUUCCUUGGUAUGGAUGGUCAGCUUUCUGCUGGUUACGAUGCUCCUGAUGACUGGGUUGAGAGUUGGAACUACAUGGCCCGAUCCAACGAUCUGAUCAACGCCAACACCGGAGAAUUCGACCCCCGACACAUGUACGGUGCUACCAACCAGGAUGUUUUCCGCUGGCCAGCUAUUGCCAAUGGUACACACAGGCAGCUUCUGGGUUCGUUCAUUACCACCCUAAUGCUUCCUGGAAUCCCUCUUCUUCUCUGGGGUGAAGAGCAGAACUUCUACGUCCUGGAUGGUACAGCGUCCAACUACAUUUACGGACGUCAGUCUAUGUCACCUGCCACUGCUUGGAGAACUCACGGAUGUUUCAACUUGGAGUCAUCCCAGUACUACAAGUGGCCCGUUGAUGCUGCUCGCUCCGGCUGCAAGGACUUGACUGUCGCUUACGACCACCGUGAUCCUUCUCACCCUCUGCGCAACAUUAUCAAGCACAUGUACCAGAUGCGUGAACAGUUCCCGGUUCUCAACGAUGGAUGGGCUCUUAACAACUUGUCCAAGAACGUCUUCGAUGUGAAAUACCCUGGUUCUAACGGAACUGUUACCGUGACUGGAAUGUGGUCUGUCUCCAGAGAUGUGAACACCGAGGUCCAGAAAUCGAGUUCUGGCGAUGACUACCAGCCGGUGUGGUUUGUCUACUCAAACAUGAACGACACCAAUACUUUCAAAUUCGACUGCGACAGUACCAAUGAUACCCUCACCUUGACUGCGCCGUUCGAUUCUAAGAGCACGGUCAAGAAUCUCUUCUACCCCUAUGAUGAGAUCACAUUGGAGACCGGUGCCCGCAAGCUCGGCUACAACGGAUCGACUGAGACCAACGGUUGUCUCUCUGAAUUGAAGUUGAAGGCGUAUGAAUUCCGUGCUUAUGUUCUGAAGAGCAAGCACAAGAAGCCUCGCCCCAUGAUCACCAAGUUCAAUCCAGGUCACGAUCACCCGCAAUUGUCCAGUGUUAAGCCUAACCAGGACGAGAGCGUGAAGAUCGAGUUCCAUUUCUCAGAGAAGAUGGACUGUGACUCUAUCACCAACAAUCUCACUAUCACCUCGUCCACUGAGAAUAACAAGGUCCCAACCGUCAACAGGAAUACCGUCAACUGCACCACUGUUACCUUGCCACUCCAAACCAACUGGACCAGUGAGAUCCGCGGUGAAUUUAUUUGGGCAGCAAAUCUCACCGGUGUCUACAACGGUAUUCAUCGGUUGACCUUGAACAACGUCACCAAUUUUGCUGGAGAUGAGACCACGAACGCCAUCGAUCACUUCCUUCUGCGCAUCGGCCAGUUUGAUAACCCCAUGGUCCAGGACACUGCCAACUACUCUAGCAGCUUGCUGCACAAGAGGGAUAAUGGCGAGCUUUUCAUCCAGCACCACGCUGCUGGCGCUGAUAAGUACCGUUACUCUACCAACUGGGGAACUAGCUUCUCCAAGUGGAUCGAUUACAAGGGUGGUAACGACACCAUUGACAAGCUCGCAUGGUCGGGAACCAAGAAGCAAGACUGGAGCGGUGACCACGUGCGAGUCGAGUACUGGAGCAAAUUGACCGGUAGCAGCGAUUACGUGCAAGAAGGCGAUACCGACUGGAGUGGCAAGGCGUCGCGUCGCUUCCCCCACGCGUUCUUCAACGGACCUUACAACCAGUAUGGUUACGAUGGAGGUCUUGAUAACUCUAUCAAGUUUGACGAGAGCACUGGAACGUGGUCCUUCCAUUUCACUUCCGAAUGGCCUGCCGUUGGACAGCUCAACAUCUGGGGUAUGAACCCCGAUGGAAAGCCUGAUCAGAGUUGGGUUUUGGGUGAUGCCGACAACGAUACCAUCCUGGACCGCAUGCCUCCUUCCUCUCUCUCUGCAACCCUGAUCAAUAUUACCCGGGCACCUGCUGCGGGAUACUUGUCGCACAAGAUCUACAUCAAUGAUGCCUCUCUGAAAUUCUGGCUCGAUCCCGUCGGACGCCAGUCAUACCAGAUCAUCAUGUUUGUGCUCUUCUGGAUUAUUCCCUUCCUCACUGCUUCCGCAUGCGUCUACAUCUUCAUGAAGUCGUUCUACAAGGUCAAAUUCAACCAGGUCGGUGUUAGUGAGAAGCAAUCCAUGAUCCCACUUGCAUUCUGGAAGAAGAUGAAGCCUUCUCGCUCUGGAAAGGAUGCUUCUUCCAACCCGCUGAUGCGCCUGGCCAACAAGUCUGGCUUCAUGCAGAGCACCACCGCUCUGGGUGGUGCCAUGGCAGCUGAGAAGCGACGCAUGGUCCUCAUCGCUACUAUGGAGUACGAUAUUGAGGACUGGGCCAUCAAGAUUAAGAUUGGAGGUCUCGGUGUCAUGGCACAACUCAUGGGUAAGACUCUUGGUCAUCAGGACUUGAUCUGGGUCGUUCCCUGUGUUGGAGGAAUUGACUAUCCCGUCGAUCAGGCCGCUGAGCCUAUGACCGUCACCAUUCUCGGCAGCGCCUACCAGGUUCAGGUUCAAUACCACGUCUUGAACAACAUCACAUAUGUCUUGCUUGAUGCACCUGUCUUCCGCCAACAGUCGAAGACUGAACCCUACCCCGCUCGUAUGGAUGAUUUGGACUCUGCCGUUUACUACUCAGCUUGGAACCAGUGUAUCGCGGAAGCCAUUAAGCGAUUCCCCAUUGACGCCUACCACAUCAACGAUUACCACGGAUCCCUCGCCCCUCUCUAUCUCUUGCCAAACACCAUCCCCGCUUGUUUGUCUUUGCACAAUGCUGAAUUCCAGGGUCUGUGGCCCAUGCGAACUCUCAAGGAAAAGCAGGAAGUCUGCUCCGUCUUCAACUUGGAUGAGGAGGUCGCUCGCCGUUACGUUCAGUUCGGUGAAGUGUUCAACUUGCUCCACGCCGGAGCCAGUUAUCUUCGUGUUCACCAGCAGGGUUUCGGUGCUGUCGGUGUCUCCAAGAAGUACGGAAAGCGUUCUUACGCUCGUUACCCUAUUUUCUGGGGUCUGCGUAAGGUCGGCAACCUGCCUAACCCCGAUCCAUCUGAUGUUGGCGAGUGGACCAAAGAGCCUACCAAGGAAGAGGACAUUACCGUUGAUCCCACCUAUGAGGCUGGCCGUGGUGAGCUCAAGAGACAGGCACAGGAAUGGGCCGGACUGGACCAGAACCCGGACGCCGAUCUCCUUGUGUUCGUCGGUCGUUGGUCUAUGCAAAAGGGUGUUGAUUUGAUUGCAGACGCCAUGCCUGCAGUUAUCGAAGCUCGCCCUAACGUGCAACUGAUCUGUAUUGGACCUGUCAUCGAUCUCUACGGUAAAUUCGCCGCUCUCAAGCUCGACCACAUGAUGAAGGUCUACCCCGGCCGUGUCUUCUCCAAGCCUGAAUUCACUGCCCUCCCGCCCUUCAUUUUCUCCGGUGCCGAGUUCGCCCUGAUUCCCUCUCGUGAUGAGCCCUUCGGUCUUGUCGCUGUAGAGUUCGGACGUAAGGGUGCCCUGGGUAUUGGUGCUCGUGUCGGUGGUCUUGGUCAAAUGCCAGGUUGGUGGUACAACGUGGAAUCCAUUUCCACUUCCCAUCUUCUCAUCCAAUUCAAGCUUGCAAUCGAGGCUGCGCUCAAUUCCAAGACCGCUACUCGUGCAAUGAUGCGUGCUCGUUCCGCUAAGCAGCGUUUCCCCGUUGCCCAAUGGGUCGAGGAUCUUGAGAUUCUGCAAUCUACUGCCAUCACCAUUCACACCAAGGAAGCUACCAAGUCUCACACCCAUCUCGGUGGCCUUGGUGGUCAGACUCGUCCUGGUACCUCAUCCGGAAACAGCACUUACAGUGGUGUCAUGGGUGGAUUGCCUUCCCCUGGAAUGAACUCUCCCUUCAUGCACUCACGCGAGAGCAGCUACUCCUUCAACCAGAUGAACGAGAACCAGACGCAAAAGAAGAUCAGCUACAGCGCAGACCCUGCUCAGGAUGAGACAGAGAAGCCUAAAUCAGGACUGAGCCGGUCUCUCUCCCUGGGUGUUCGUUCAGGUCCUGGCCACGCUGCUCGUCGCAGACAAGCCAAUGCUGCCGCCGGUAUCCCAGAGAACGAAACAGAUGCCGAUGUCGAGGAUAGCAGUGACGAGGAUCCUUCACACGAUCUCUUCGAGGAUGAUGAGUACACUCUUACCCCGGCUCAGGUCGAGGAAGGAAGACGUGCCCAGGCCGCCCAAAAGGAUCGUGCUCAGGGUCUUCCUUCAAGACGCAACAGCCAGGAGUCUAUUCAACCCAAAUUCAUGAUUCCUCCCCAGAGUCCUGGACUUCCAAGCCCCCUUGGAAGCCCGCUCGGCAGCCCUCUCACUCCUCCCUCUGCCGACAACCUUCUCCUCCCUCCCCGUCCUCUUGGUGAAUCCAACCGCUACAGCAGUGCAUCCGUCCUCUCGCUUGACUCUGUUGUCGGUAACAAGACAGACUUCAAGCUGCAGAAGGUCGAUCCCUUCUUCACUGAUAGCACUGGUGAAUACUAUAAGACCUUCGAUAAGAAGCUGGAUGCAUUGAACGGCAGCAACUCCGAGUCGCAAUUGUGUAUUGAGGAGUUCCUGAUCAAGAGUGAGCAGCAGUGGUUCGACAGGUUCCGCAACGCCAAAUUGGGUCGCAGCAAGUCUCCUACCCCCUCCAUCCGACUCUCAUCACGAAACAAUGACUCGCCUACCCACUCCUUCUACAAUGACGAUGCUCACUCGCACAUCGCGAGCAGCGAUGACCACCCCACGGACGAUGAGUUCCUCCUUGGAAAGGACUACGUUGCUCCUACCGGUCUCAAGAAAUGGAUGCAGAUCAAGAUUGGCGACUGGCCUGUCUACUCUAUCUUCCUCGCCUUGGGUCAAAUCAUCGCCGCCAACUCGUACCAGAUCAACCUGCUCACGGGUGAAGUCGGUGAGACUGCUGAGAAAUUGUACGGUAUCGCAACAACUUACGCCAUCACUUCCAUGUGUUGGUGGCUCGUGUACCGCUACUUCAAGUCUGUUGUGUGUUUGUCGGCUCCGUGGUUCUUGUAUGCCAUUGCCUUCAUCUUCAUCGGCUCUGCUCAUUUCGUAUCGGGCGAGUUCGCUCGUGGCUGGGUCCAGAACGUUGGCAGCGGCUUCUACGCUGCUGCAUCCUCCAGUGGAUCCAUCUUCUUCGCAUCCAACUUCGGUGACGAGGGUGGUGCUCCAGUGGAAACAUGGAUUUUCCGUGCUUGCGUUAUUCAAGGUAUCCAGCAGGCAUACGUUAUUGCGCUCUGGUUCUGGGGUUCAACCUUGACCAAGGCCCAGUCUGAAGGUCUCCUCACUUCCGAUAACUCGAUCUCCAACACUUGGAAGAUGAGUGCGAUCUGUUACCCCAUCGCAGGUUUCCUCAUCCUUGUUGGAAUUAUUUUGGCACUUGGACUUCCCAACUACUACCGCCAGAAGCCCGGCAAGGUUCCAUCCUUCUACAAGUCCCUCUUCCGGAGAAAGAUCGUCACAUGGAACUUUGUGGCGGUUAUCCUGCAGAACUUCUUCCUCAGUGCACCCUACGGCCGAAACUGGAGCUUCCUCUGGGGUUCCAACCACACCAAGCCAUGGCAGAUUGUCCUCCUUUGCAUCCUGUUCUUCGGUGUAGUAUGGUGCAUCUUCCUGUUCUGCGUCAGCAAAUUCUCCAAGCGCCACAGUUGGUUCAUUCCCGUCUUCGCCUGUGGUCUGGGAGCCCCUCGCUUCAUCCAAAUUUGGUGGGGUGUCUCCGGAAUCGGUUACUACCUCCCUUGGGCUGGAGGAUACACUUCCGGAGCCCUGGUAUCCCGCAGUCUCUGGCUGUGGCUGGGCGUGUUGGAUUCCAUCCAAGGUCUCGGCUUCGGUAUCAUUCUUUUGCAAACUCUUACGCGAGUCCACAUGUGUUUCGCUCUCAUUGCAUCCCAGGUGCUUGGUUCCAUUGCAACCAUUUGCGCCCGAGCUUUCGGCCCCAAUGCCACUGGCCCCGGUCCCAUUUCUCCUGACAUGACGCUUGGCGCCCAUGCUUUGGCUAAUGCCUGGUUCUGGGUGGCUUUGUUCUGUCAGCUUCUCAUUUGUGCUGGCUUCCUGCUCUUCUUCCGCAAGGAGCAGCUUGCCAAGCCUUAA